GAGCAGAGAAGAGCAGUGCUUGGAAGUAGCAUUGCAGCGUCCCUGUGAGCCUCAAGCCGACAGCUGCAACCAAGUUGCUGUUUACAUCCCCCGCAGAUUUAGAGAGAGAGAGCGAGAGAGCGAGAUAGAGAGAGAGAGAGAGAGAGAGAGCGAGAGAGCGAGAUAGAGAGAGAAAAAAAACAACUUUUAGUCAGGUUUGUUAUAUUUGGCUAUGUGGGGGAGUGAAGUCAAGCGUGCACCUGACACUUUCUUGGAGUGCUCAUAGCGCGCUGUAGCAUUGCCAAAACAAUGAUGUGAUAUAACGUGAUACCAUGGGAAAAUAAAGGAAACGCACCAGAGAGAUUCCACAGACAGGAGUGAAAUUUAACGGACCCAAUAACCGUCACAGCUCGCGCCACCGGGGACCGGAUGGAAUACAAACGGAAUAGUCAACGAGUGACUCACCUUUUAUACAGUCCGUUAUUUAUGGUGAGCGUGCGAUCUGCUGUGCGCACAGCUCGCCAACACGUCAGAUAACGGUCACCUUGUAGUCGCCUGUUAAUGAAGAAGAUCUUAAAUGAGUCUGCUGAACAAACGUCGUUGAACUAACAUGGACCCAAGAUGAAUUGUGAGUUUGGGAUAUCGACUAUGUGGGACUAGAGAUGUGACCUCUUUAUUUUUCCGAAGUCAUGACAGUUAUUAAGUAACCUAACGGAACAUUCGACUAAUCUCUCAAGAUGGCCCUCAGUCCCGUCCUUCUCUUUCUCCUCUCUCUGAUUGGCUGCGGCCACUCCCAGGAUGACAUCAUCGACCCCGGCCUGGCCCCUCCCUCUCCUCUGGGUUGCGGUGUGAACGUGGACCCCUUCUACCGGACGUUGUGUGACCUGGAGUCUGUGUGGGGGGUGGUGUUGGAGGCCGUGGCCUGUGGUGGAGCCAUCACCUCCCUGGUCCUCUCCGUGGUUCUCCUAGUCAAGCGCCACUCCAUCCUUGACCCAGAUCGGCGCUCCGGCCUGGGUCCUCUUCUCCUCCUGCUGGCCUCCCUCUUGGUUCUCUUCUCCCUGUCCCUGGUCUUCCUGGUGGGGCGUAACGAGGCCCUGUGUGUGGUCCGCCGGGUCCUCUGGGGCCCCUUGUUCGCCCUGUGCUUCUCCUGCCUCCUGGCCCAGGCGGUGCGGUUGAAGAGGCUGGUGUCUGGAAAGUCUAGCCCCAAAGGGAGCUCCCUGGCUGGGCUUGGCAUGGCCCUGGCCCUGGUCCAGGGGAUCAUCUCUGGAGAGUGGCUGCUGCUGACAGUGGUGAGGGAGGGCCACGGGGCCUGCGACUACCCACCGGUAGACUUUGCCCUGGUUUGCAGCUACGCCCUGGGGCUGCUCCUGACGGCGCUGUGCCUCUCCCUGGCUGUGGUGCUGUGUGGAGGGGAAGGGGGAGGGGACGAGGCAGAGGAGGGGAGUGACGGAGGGUGCGAGCGGCGUUGGAAGUGCAACGCCGUAUGGCUCUUCCUGUCCUGCCUGGCGUCCCUGUUGCUAUGGGUCUCCUGGCUUGUGCUCUAUCUCUAUGGUGACGCAGCGUUGAGGGGGGCGUGGUUGGAUGGUGGGGAAGGGCGGCGAAAGGACUGGGAUGAGCCGGUGUUGGCGGUUGCCUUGGUGGCGCAAGGUUGGAUCCUCCUGUUAUUUCACGCUAUCCCAGAAGCCCACCUGUGUCUGAGGGACCCGCCGGUCCCCAACCAGCAGGACUACUUUCACACCAGCCAGCCCCUGCAGCCCUGCUUCCAACAGGAGGUGCCAUUACCCACACACACCCUCACACACAGGCCCUGCGCAGAUAACCAGACCUACUCUAUCGAGGAACACAGCGCAGCACUGAGAGGUGGGUCGUACCAUAACGGACAUGGGGGGAUGCGUCCUGGGAUCCCCUUCAGAGGCCACAUGUACCAGCCCACUGAGAUGGCCCUGGUGAUGAACGGAGGAACGAUGCCUACCGCUCCGGUGAACUACACAGGGAGACAGCUGUGGUGAGAGGAGAACCUUGGAACCGGUCUCCACGGCAACACGGCAUAUUAUGGUGCCGGAAUGCUCCGGAAUGUUUCCAAUGUCACUCACAACCCCAUCAAUGCCUCUACCUCACCUCACCAUUGACUGUACAAAGCACUGCAACAAGGAAUCUACCCCUAGCCACAGAUCUAGGAUCAGCUCACACUAACUUUUUUUUAUACACUUUGGUCAUUGAGAGGAAAAGGGAAAAACUGAUUUGAGAUCAGUGCUCACAAGAAAUGUAAUUCCAGGAUUGACUGCAGGAGAUUCAGAGAAGGGUAACAAAGACAUUGCCUCCCCCGUCUUAACCCAUGCAGACUGGAAUAUAUCCCCAUUGAUGAUGAUGAACGUCAAGCUCGCUCAGUGAACAGUUAUUGUCUGCGCCCCAAAUGGCACCGGCUCUGGUCAAAAGAAGUGCACUACAUAGGAAUAGAGUUCCAUUUGGGAUACAGGGAUACAGACUUCUGUUAAAUAUUUUUUAGCUUUUCUGUUUUGUUGUUUUAAAAAGGGGGGGGGAAGCCUAUAUGACACACCAGGUACAGGAGAACAGUGAUCACGUCCCAAAUAGAACUCUAUUGCCUAUAAAGUGCACUACUGCUGGCCAGAGCCGUAUGGUUCUGGUUCUGGUUGAAGCACUGCAUUAUAAGGAAUAGGGCUCCAUUCUGGAGGCAUUCAGUAUUUAUGUAAAUUCCAUCCAUCCACCGUGCUCACUAACCUCGCCUGCCCACUCAUGUUCUCUACAAACUCUGUGUUUACGAGUCUCAAAUGGCAUUCUAUUUCCUAUUUAGUGCGCUCAUUUGGACCAGGAUCCAAAGGGUUCUAAAGUAGUGCGCUAUGUGGGGAAUGGGGUGCCAUUUGGGAUGCGGAACACUAAGAGUUGCUCCUAUUGAUGAUGCUUAUAUGACUCUAUUAGAUGUGUUGGGACACAAGUGUUUUCUCGAAGACUCUCAGCUUUGUGUUCGGUCCACCAGAGUUGUUGUGAUCAAGCACUUUAUUAUUAAGCUAAUCUCUGCUAUUUGGGAUAUAACGUUCGUGUGGCAUAUUUCUAUGGUGAAUGUUACGGUGGUGAAAUUGAAUUUAUUAUUGGUGUCACAGACGAGUACUGUAUUUCUGUUGGUGUGGUUCUAUGAUAUCAGUAGUUUUGUUUUUGGGGUUGUUUGUAACACAUUUUGAGAGUUUUUAACAGGGAGUGCAAUAUCAGUAUGAUUAUAUGGCAGAAUGUACAGUAUAUGAAUUAAUGGUAGGAUCUGCACCUCAUACUAACGUUAUAUAUUUCAGAGACUUCUUCUUUGCUCUUUGCGUGUUUUAUCUCCCAACACCUGAACAGUGAGACACCCCCUUGUCCUUGAUUGGACUAAUCUGCUGCCUCUUAAUCCCUAUGGUGCUCUAACCUUGGAAUUACCCAUUUAGGGAAACUGAUAGGGGGGAUUGGUAUUAGUGGCUUUACAGUGACCAGUCGUGUACUCCUGUAUAAGGCUAUUUAUUAUAUUAUCAUCCUAUGUCCUGAUACAGAGGAGGGCUUGGUUGCAUGUCUCUUAAACACAAUUCUCACACAAAACUCAAUGAAAUAAAAUA